CUCUGUUCUGUGUCCUUGAACACUUGGCAUCAGAUUCUGUACUCUGCUACACUCUAGGGCCCAGCCUUGGCCCUGGCCCGAAGAUGGAUCUGCUGCCCUGGGUGAAGAUCCCGCCUCCUCUGCUCCCAUUUCUCUUGCUGUCCCUUUGGCUCCCAAGCCCCAGUGCUUCUCAGCAGGAGCCCUGCCAGAUCUGCCGGGACCUUGCCAGCAACUUCAAUAAGGGUCUGGAGCGGACACAGCGCGAGAACUUCGGGGGCGGGAACACAGCCUGGGAAGAAGAGAAGCUUGCAAAAUAUGCAAACAGCGAGACCCGUCUUCUGGAGGUGCUGGAGGGCGCGUGCGCCACAUCAGACUUUGCCUGCCACCAGCUGCUGGAGCAGAGUGAAGAACACGUGGAGCGUUGGUGGUUCCAGGAGCAGCAACAGCACCCAGACUUUUCCCAAUGGCUCUGCAUGGAUGCACUGAAACUGUGCUGCCCGCCCGGCACCUAUGGCCCUGAUUGCCACACCUGCCCCGGGGGUGCCCAGAAGCCUUGCAGUGGGUACGGGCAGUGUGACGGAGACGGCACGCGAGGGGGAACCGGCCUCUGCAUGUGCCAGGUAGGCUACGGGGGCCCCUUCUGCUCUGAGUGUGGAGAUGGCUACUACGAAGCUGCUCGCAACGACAGCCACCUGGUAUGUGCGGAGUGCUACCGGGCGUGUGGACGUUGUUCAGGCCCCGAAGAUUCAAGCUGCCUUCGUUGCAAGAGGGGCUGGAUGCUACAUGACCGAAGAUGCAUUGACAUAGAUGAAUGUGGCACAGACAUGGCGCACUGCCGCGCCAACCAGUUUUGUGUCAACACAGAAGGCUCCUACGAGUGCCGAGACUGUGCCAAGGCCUGCAUUGGCUGCAUGGGUGCCGGACCUUCCCGCUGCAAGAAAUGCAACAAGGGCUACCGGCGCGAUGGUGUCAAGUGCCUUGAUGUGGAUGAAUGUGCUGGCGAAGCAGAGGAACCCGUGUGCACGGGCGCCAACGAGGCCUGCGAGAAUACGGACGGCAGCUACCGGUGUGUUUGUGCAGAAGGACAUACACGCAAAGAAGGGAUCUGUGUGGAAGAUAAGCCCCCAGACUCUCCUGAGAAAGGAUUCUUUGACGACAUCACCGAUGACGAGGUGGUUGUGCUGCAGCAGAUGUUCUUUGGCGCCAUCAUUUGUGCGCUGGCCACGCUUGCGGCCAAAGGAGAUAUGGUCUUCACUGCCAUUUUCAUCGGGGCUGUGGCCGCCAUGGCUGGCUACUGGCUGUCAGAGCGCAGCGAUCGGGUGCUUGAUGGCUUCAUCAAAGGCAGAUAGUGUGUGGCAAAGUGAACGUUCCCUUCUGCUUCCUGCCUCAGAGAGCCAGCUGGUGGGCAGGAACUCUUUGGGCCCCCUAAUCCCCCGCCCCGGCAGGGCUUUAAAAUCCAGAAGAAAGAGGUGGAAAGGCCAGUCUAUAUCCCAAUCUGAGCCGAUGGAAGCCUCAACCUAGCAUGCUGUGAAAUGGGAGAAAUGGGCCAAGUGACGAAACAUGUUCAGCAGUCCUCCUGUUGGCUGAGAGGAGGGUUUCCGAGAGGAAAUGGGAUGGAGUGGGUACCCCUUAAGGGAGGGAGAGGUCUUGGCUGGGCCUUAAGAACAGGCCCCUAUUACUUUCUGACUGGCCUAGCUCCCAGGCAUCGGGGCGGGGGUGUGAUUUCAAAUGUGUUCCUUCCCACGAGCUUGUGUCUCCCCGACACCGGUCAACAAAUAAUGACUAGGAAAAGGUUGGAUCACUGCAGAAAGAAACCUGGGAUUGGGUGGCCACAGGCUUGCUUCCUGCUGGGUCUUUAAGGGGAUGUCCCUUUAGCUGAGAGCCGCUCUACACAUUAUGCUGAAGGGGCCAGCAAAAUGAUAUGGCGUGUGUGUGUGUGUGUGUGUGUGUGUGUGUGUGUGUGUGUGUGUGUGUGUAUUUAUUUAUUUCUGGACUGUACCACUUUAGGCAGUGUUCAUGGAAAAAUCUCCCUACAUUCAAUAAAGCAGCACCAUUGGUGAAAGCAGUUUAGGGUGUAGCCCUCUGAUAUGCUUGCUUAUUAUGUGCAUGGAGCCUUUUACAGGAGUGGAAGGGAAAGAGGCAUUCAAAAAUGCCUCCACCCACACUCACCCAUCACAGCCUGAAAUGGUACAGCCCAGAAUUCUGUCACCUCAAUCUGCCCCCCCCCAUCCUGUAUAACAGCCUUCCCCAACCUGGUGCGCUCUAGAUGUGUUGGACUACAACUCCCAGCAUCCCUGCUCGCUAGGGUAUGCUGGGAGUUUUAGUCCAACCCAUCUAGUGGGCAAUGGGUUGAGGAAGGUUGCUGCCUGAUGUGUAGAACAUCUCUCAUGCUGCUGGUGGCUCUGUGUGUGUGUGUGUGUGUGUGUGUGAGAGAGAGAGAGAGAGAGAGAGAGAGAGAGGGGGGGGGGGGCUGAGGAGGCCGAGUGGCCUGCAUGUAUGUGCACCCUUGCCCCUUUGCACCUGUCCACUCACAGCACCUUCUGGCCAUCCAUAUCUCAGGAAAAUUAAAGGUCUCUGUACACAUCCCAUGUGGUUCUUGCUGUGUCUCCGUCGUGUGCUUCUGUUCUACGGGGGCUGUUUGGUUUCAAGUUCAAAACUUGGGGAAAGGCUCACUGUCUCACCUCAGCCAUUCCUAGAUUUAAGGCACUUUAUGAAAUAGGGAAUGCUGCAAAA